GGCUCCAUGGCGACCGCGGCGGUGGAGCCGGUCUACGGGCUCUCGGAGGACGAGGAGGAGUCUCGUAUCCUCAGGGUAAAGGUGGUUUCUGGCAUUGAUCUAGCGAAAAAAGACAUCUUUGGAGCCAGUGACCCAUAUGUGAAACUUUCGUUGUAUGUAGCGGAUGAGAACAGAGAACUUGCUCUUGUGCAGACAAAAACUAUUAAAAAGACACUGAAUCCAAAAUGGAAUGAAGAAUUUUAUUUUAGAGUAAACCCAACCAACCAUCGUCUCUUGUUUGAAGUGUUUGAUGAAAACAGAUUGACUAGAGACGACUUCCUGGGUCAGGUGGAUGUGCCACUUAGUCACCUUCCGACUGAAGACCCAACCAUGGAAAGGCCGUACACAUUUAAGGAUUUCCUUCUCAGACCAAGAAGCCACAAAUCUCGUGUAAAGGGUUUCUUGAGACUGAAGAUGGCUUAUAUGCCUAAAAAUGGUGGGCAAGAGGAAGAAAACAAUGAUCAAAGGGAUGAAUCUGAGCAUGGAUGGGAUGUGGUUGAUUCCAAUGACUCCACAUCUCAACGUCAGGAGGAGUUACCACCUCCUCCACUGCCUCCUGGAUGGGAAGAAAAGGUGGACAACCUGGGGCGGACUUACUACGUCAACCAUAACAACAGGACUACUCAGUGGCAUCGACCAAGUUUAAUUGAUGUGGGAUCUGAUUCAGAUAACAAUAUCAGACAAAUAAACCAAGAAGCAGCCCAUAGGCGAUUCCGCUCUCGGAGACACAUUAGUGAGGAUUUGGAACCAGAACCUAUGGAGACUGGAGACAUUCCUGAGCCUUGGGAAACGAUUUCAGAGGAGGCAAGUGCAAGUGGAGAUUCCUUAAGCUUGUCAUUGCCACCUCCUCCUGCAUCUCCAGUGUCCCGUACCAGUCCUCAGGAGCUAUCUGAGGAACUGAGCAGAAGACUUCAGGUCACUCCUGAUUCCAAUGGGGAACAACUCAGUUCUUUGAUUCAAAGAGAUCCUUCUUCAAGAUUAAGAUCUUGCAGUGUAACAGACGCGGUUGCUGAACAGUCUCAGCUAUCCUUGCAGAGUGGUCCAUCUAGGAGAGCUCGUUCUUCAACUGUCACAGGUGGUGAGGAACCAACGCCUUCAGUGGCCUAUGUUCAUACUACACCAGGCUUACCUUCAGGCUGGGAAGAAAGAAAGGAUGCAAAGGGCCGUACUUAUUAUGUCAAUCAUAACAAUCGAACCACAACAUGGACACGGCCCAUUAUGCAGCUCGCAGAAGAUGGCAUGGUUGGGUCAACAGCAAACAGCAGCAACCAUUUAAGUGAACCCCAGAUAAGACGGCCUCGUAGCCUCAGUUCACCCACAGUAACUUUAUCUGCUCCACUAGAGGGUAUCAAGGACUCCCCUGUGCGCAGAGCAGUGAAGGACACCCUUUCCAAUCCACAGUCUCCACAGCCCUCACCUUACAACUCUCCUAAACCACAACACAAAGUUGCACACAGCUUUCUUCCUCCUGGCUGGGAGAUGCGAAUAGCACCCAAUGGCAGGCCCUUCUUCAUUGAUCAUAAUACUAAAACUACUACGUGGGAGGAUCCACGACUGAAAUUUCCAGUGCAUUUGAGAUCAAAAGCAUCUUUGAACCCUAAUGAUUUGGGCCCUCUUCCUCCUGGUUGGGAGGAAAGAAUACAUUUGGAUGGAAGAACGUUUUAUAUAGACCAUAAUAAUAAAAUUACCCAGUGGGAAGACCCCAGACUGCAGAACCCGGCAAUUACUGGUCCAGCAGUUCCAUAUUCCAGGGAGUUCAAACAGAAAUAUGACUAUUUCCGGAAGAAGUUAAAGAAACCAGCUGAUAUACCGAACAGAUUUGAGAUGAAGCUACACAGAAAUAAUAUUUUUGAGGAGUCCUACAGAAGAAUCAUGUCUGUGAAAAGACCUGAUGUACUAAAAGCCAGGCUCUGGAUUGAAUUUGAGUCAGAAAAAGGACUUGACUAUGGAGGUGUGGCCAGAGAAUGGUUUUUUCUCUUGUCCAAGGAGAUGUUUAACCCUUAUUAUGGUCUCUUUGAAUAUUCAGCAACGGACAACUAUACACUUCAGAUAAAUCCUAAUUCAGGUCUUUGUAACGAAGAUCAUCUGUCAUAUUUCACAUUUAUUGGUCGGGUUGCUGGUCUGGCAGUAUAUCAUGGGAAGCUAUUGGAUGGCUUCUUCAUCAGACCUUUUUACAAGAUGAUGCUGGGGAAACCAAUAACUCUGAAAGACAUGGAGUCAGUGGACAGCGAAUACUACAACUCUUUGAAGUGGAUCCUGGAAAAUGACCCUACAGAGUUGGAUCUCAUGUUUUGCAUAGAUGAGGAAAACUUUGGACAGACAUAUCAAGUCGACCUGAAGCCAAAUGGGUCAGAAAUCAUGGUAACAAAUGAAAACAAAAGGGAAUACAUUGACCUGGUCAUCCAGUGGAGGUUUGUAAACAGAGUUCAAAAACAAAUGAAUGCUUUUUUGGAGGGAUUCACAGAACUUCUUCCUAUCGAUCUGAUUAAAAUUUUUGAUGAAAAUGAACUAGAGUUACUUAUGUGUGGCCUUGGCGACGUUGAUGUUAAUGACUGGAGACAACAUACAAUCUACAAAAAUGGUUACUGCCCAAAUCAUCCCGUUAUCCAGUGGUUCUGGAAGGCCGUUUUACUGAUGGAUGCUGAAAAACGGAUUCGAUUGCUGCAGUUUGUUACUGGGACGUCACGCGUGCCUAUGAAUGGAUUUGCUGAACUUUAUGGUUCAAAUGGUCCUCAGCUGUUUACAAUAGAGCAAUGGGGAAGUCCUGAUAAACUGCCCAGAGCUCACACAUGCUUUAAUCGCCUAGACUUACCUCUUUAUGAAUCUUUUGAAGAUUUGCGAGAGAAGCUCCUUAUGGCAGUCGAAAAUGCUCAAGGAUUUGAAGGAGUGGAUUAAAACGUCAGCUCUUUUUUCCCCCCCCUUCAAGCAAGUUCUGCUUGCACUUUUGCAUUUGCCUAACGGACUCCGAGUGACUAUGGCAGAACAGUUGCACAGCGUUGGUUCAUGGAGCAAACCCUUCGACAGUGCAGUUGCCUGAAUCCGGACGUUUGAACUGUAAUCUGUGGGUGGCUUUUCUGACGUUUCCACAGCAGAUUACCCACUGCUUAACAUGAACUCUGAUCACAUUUCAGCAGGACUUACUCUAUUUAUGUUGUGCCUCUGUAGGCAAAGCCCUUAAUAAAUAUUUUACAUAAUUUCUAAUGACAAUGAAUGGAAUUAAUCAUUUUACAGGUAUAGUAUUACAACUCAUGUUUACUUUUUAAUUGAUUUAGACAUUUUCAGAUUUUAUUUCAUUACAACUAAAUAUCAUAUACUUGGAAAAAUGAGCAUUUUUCUUAAUUUCAUACCAGACUUGAUGCCAGUGUCAUUUUUUCAAAGCACAUUUUCAGCCUUGUGUUCCCAAACCAUAAAGGAAGUAGGAGAAAGCUAUGUUGGAAAUUUUCUCUACGUGGGCUAUAUAUCGAGAGCAAUUCUUUUCACUGAGCACAUAAAUAUUUUUCUGUAUCCAGAAGUAUGGACUGGAUGUUGCAUUUUUGUAUAAAUAUUAGAAUAGUUCCAAGUCAAGGGAGAAUCAUAACAUAGCAUGCCAAAUCUCAUGUUCAAUAAAGAAAUUGCCUCAUUAUUGGUAAUAUUUACAUGUACUAUAAAGCAUUUUGGGGUAGGGUUGGCAUUAAUCAUUUUAGGAACAUAUGCUUAACCCUGUCAUUAUCUUUGUAUAGUGAUUCUUUUAUUAUCCUUUCCUCUUUACUGUUUGCAAUGGAGGCAUUUUGAAUGAAACCUGGAACUAUGUCAUUUGGCACUAUGGAAAACAGAUCUGUUUUGUCUCCUAUUUGUAUGCAUUUGCUAAUGAUAUCUAAAUAACAAUGGGUUUUUUGUUUGUUUCUAACUGCACCAACUCUAAAGGCACUUUAUGUAACACAUGGAAGUCAUAUCUGUUUUUUAUCAUAAACAUUAAUGUGAUUAUAUUCCUUCUCACUGCACAUGUCUUUCUGGUGCAAUAUCUAUCAAUUGUGAAUUUGGCUGCUGCUGAUGUAUAAAAGAAAAAAAAAAAAACCAGAUGUAGAGCUGAGCCUGCAGACAUGUUCCUCAGCAAUUGUUUUUGUGAUUUAUUUUUUACUUAAUCACAAAGAUUUAUUUAAUAUACACUGCUAUCUAAUCAAUUUUGUUACCUAUGACAUGUUGCAUGCUUAAACUAUAAUGUCUGAGUUGCAUCACUUUUGUGACAGAUUAAAAGUGAAAGAUUUGUAUUUGAUCUACUGAAGUUAAAUGGUUAAAAUACUACUAGAGUAGGUUUGAGGGUGUGGCUUCGGCAAUUUAACAUUCAGUUUUGUAAGUUUUGCCCACAUACUUACCUAUAGAUAGGCUUUUUUCCCCCAAGAGCCCAUUUAAUGCUUAUGAAGCAAGAUGACACCGCAUGCCAAAACAAAAUUUCACCUCAUUGCCAACAGCUUUUUUAGCCCUGCCCUUACCCCGUCCCCAGCACCCACUGGCAAGUACAAUCUGUGUCUGAGAAUGAGCAGCCAUACCACAGCAACUUUAAUAUAGUAAUACUUCAGCUGAAAAGACGACUAGAAAGAAGCCUUAAUGCUAGUAACAUUCAGCAAACGGUUGCCUGCUAGCAAAAAGUUUGAAGAGCUAAUAGAUGCACGAGGAAGGUUAUUUUAUUAUUUGAGCACAGGUUAAGAUUCAUUUUCUAUUAAUAUGUUUCCUGACAUUCCUUUCUGACCUUUUACAUUUAAUGAGUGAGCAGGAACAUGAGAAAGCAGGCUGCAUCCGAGUAGAUAAACUCUGUACUGAUCAUUUAGCUGUGGGAAGGUGGAGAGAAUGUGGUAAAUCCAGGUAUUUCCACUGACCUUCUGUAUGUUAAGCACAGCUGGUUGAUAACAUUGAGGGAAGUGUCAUAAUCCAAAAUGUGUUUUCUUUCUGUCUUAACUGGAAGAUUUUUAGUGUGGUUGGAGGCUCUGUUCAUGUCCAAUGCCAUCUAUCAGAACCUUAAGAACUCCUGAGACUUUUUUGGUUGUGGAACUGAAAUGUAAUCUCAUGUGUAGAUGAGGCUGUGACCCAGGAGUAGCGCAGCUGAGGUAGAACCAGAAGUCAGGUUGUGUUUAAGAAUUUUGUGAUCUUGCUUUGGUCCCUUCCCUCCCCUCACCUUCUGAAACAGGUUUACUAAUUUCAGCUAUCUAGAAUUACAUACUGAUAUUCAACAAGAAGGGCAAUUUUUGUUGUUGGGAUUUGUUUGGGUUUUUUGGUUGUUUUGGUUUUUUUUUUUAAAGAAAAUUUAGAAUUACUUAGCUUUAUCUUUUCAGAUCCACUUACCUCACAAACUGACAGACACUCCAAAAGCAUUCACUAGGUAUUAGUGAGGCGAAUUCCACUGUAUGAAUUGUAAUUAAUGUGCAUUUGGACUGUUGUGGUUUAUUUGAGAGCAGGGGUUUUCAUAUUUAGGAAACAGUCCGACAUUUAAAG